CAACUGCGCCCUCAGCCAAGCCCAGCGCGCCCCAAACCCCCCAAAACGGCGCCGCCCGGCUGGUUUUGGGCUGUCAGCAGCUGUCCGGCGCUGGGCAUGGAGCGUGUGCGGGGAGCUGGGGCCGUGCUGGCGGUGCUGGUGGUGCUGGGAGCCCCCCCGGCUGCGGGCGAGGAGCUGUCGGGGGUGUUCCAGGAGUUGACUAUGAGCGAGUGUUACUUCAUCAACGGCACCGAGCGGGUGAGAUUCUUCGAGACAUUCAUCUACAACCGGGAGCAGUACGUGCACUUCGACAGCGAUGGGGGGGUCUAUGUGGGGGACACACCGGACGGGGAGGAGGUUGCCAAGUACUGGAACAGCGACCCGGAAUGGCUGGAGCACAGACGGUCUGCGGUGGACCUAUGCCGGUACAACUACGAGGUGUCCACCCCGCUCCUGGUGAACCGCAGAGUGCCCCCCAGCAUGUCCAUCUCGCUGGUGCCGUCGAGCUCCCAGCCCGGCCCCGGCCGCCUGCUCUGCUCCGUGAUGGAUUUCUACCCUGCGCCGGUGCAGGUGAGGUGGUUCCAGGAUGGGCAGGAGCUGCCGGAGCACGUGGUGGCCACCGACGUGGUCCCCAACGGGGACUGGAGCUACCAGGUGCUGGUGAUGCUGGAAAUCCCCCCCCGGCGCGGGGUCACCUACAGCUGCCAGGUGGAGCACGUCAGCCUGGAGCACCCCCUCAGCCGGCACUGGGGUACGGCCCGGCCCCCCCAGCACCGGGGGCACAGUGGGGGCGACUGGGAGGGAGUUUGCUCCUCGCCCGCAGCCGGGGGGGCUCCCAGCACCACCAGGACCCCCAGCACGGCCCCAGCUCCCCGCACACAGUGA